AUGAUUCACCUCUUGCUUGCUCUCCCGGCUCUUCUCGGAACCAUCCUGCUUGCCGCAGCCAACUUUUUAUGCCAACCAGCUGACCAACAACCUCGUCCUCUCCCCAACUUACAGCACGCACGACACUGCCCAGGCCUCAGCAGACAACACCGCGCCAUCAUCAUCCACUACCACCACCAUCUAAACAACCGACUCGGACCUCGCCCACAUCUCCGCUGGCGCAACCACCGCAGCGGUCACGGACCGCACCUGCGCCUCAACUUCAGAGCCAACCACCACCACCACCAAUCCAACCCCGACUCAGCAGAGGAGUCCGACGAGUCUCACGGGUACGUCGACAAGGCGCUAGUCACAAAUUCGCGCUGCAAGCGGCCGCGCUGCCGCUGCAGCCGACGAAACGCGGUAGAGAUCGCCGAGAUUGACGAGCAGCGGGAAAGGAAUGGUUGCAAGAAGUGCAACCGUGGUGGCAAGAAGAAGAAGAAUGAAGCCUAG